UCAAAAACUCAGAAGAAAGUUUACAAAAAAGAGAAAACAAGGCAGCUUGAGAACAAUGGUGGAUGCCGUGGUCUCGUAUGUGGUUAGCAAGCUGGGGGAUUAUCUCAUCCAAGAAGCAGCAUUCUUACGAGGAGUGAAAAAUGAAGUAGAGUCGCUAAAAAAAGAUCUAGAAUGGAUGCUAUGUUUCAUAAGCGAUGCAGAAGAUAAACAAUUUGACAAUUCUUUGAUACACCAGUGGAUAUCGGACAUCCGAGAAAUUGCUUAUGAUUGUGAGGAUGUCCUGGAUACAUUUAUGCUCCAAGCCCAAGAUGAAGGGACUGCAAAGAGAAGGCGAGGAUUCUCCACUUUCAUCAAAAAGUACUAUUCCUGGAUAGUCUCUAAAACAACCGGUCACAAGAAGCCCAAUCUACAUAGCAUAGGAAAGGAGAUUGAAGCUCUCAAAAAGAGACUUCGAGAAACCUUUGAUAGAUCUAAAAUGUAUGGCCUUAAAGCUAUUGAUAACAAGUGGGAAGGAGAAAGCAAGGCUCUUCACAAGCUGAAACAACUAAGAAAAACCACCUCCUUUGCUCUUGAAAACCGUGUUGUUGGCUUUGAGGAUGACACUAGCAAAUUGCUGGCUAAACUACUUGAAGAUGACCCAAGGCGUUUUGUAAUUUCUAUAUGGGGUACGGGUGGUUCGGGUAAAACAACUCUCGCCAGAAAACUUUACCACUCUAGCCAAGUCACGAGUAAAUUUCAGCGUUGUGCUUGGGUUUCCGUGUCGCAAGAUUUCAAUAUUGAAGAUCUUCUUCGAAGAAUCAUAAAAUCUUUCAAUUUCACGGAGACGAUAGAGAAGUUAAGUGAAGAAGAAUUGAAGAGAUUUCUUUAUAAAUCAUUGCAAGGGUACUCAUAUUUGGUGGUGGUUGAUGAUGUAUGGGAAACAAUAGCAUGGGAGAGCCUCAAAAUAGCAUUUCCAGAAAACAACAAUGGCAGUAGAGUGAUUAUCACCACUCGAAAUAAAUUUGUUGCUGAGCAUUCAGAUGAGAGAACCCAUGUUCAUGAACUUCGGCUUCUGAGGGAAGAUGAAAGCUGGGAGUUAUUAUGUGAGAAAACUUCAGGCAAGGCAAACGAAGAUGAAGAAAUGAGGAAGCUGGGAAAGGAAAUGGUCCAAAAAUGUGGUGGUCUACCGCUAGCUAUUGUUGUAUUGGGUGGGUUAUUAUCUACAAAGAGGCCAGAAGAGUGGCGCUUUGUGCGCGAUCACAUUUGGUUAAAUUUAUGUAGCAGUUCAACUCCAAUCCAAAAUUUAUUAGCUUUGAGCUUCAACGAUUUACCUUGCCAACUCAAAUUAUGCUUUCUUUAUUUAGGCCAUUAUCCAGAAGACAACGAAAUCCUGACAUGGCAGCUAAUUCGACUGUGGGUGGCUGAGGGGUUCAUUCCGCAAAAUGAAGAAAUAAUGGAAGACGUGGCUUAUCGUUACUUGAAUGAGUUGAUUGAUAGAAGUCUCAUUCAAAUAGAUAAAACACGCGCAGGGAGGAUAGUCACCUGUCGAGUCCAUGAUCUUUUGCGGGAUCUUGCAAUUCAGAAAGCGGAAGAGUUGAAUUUAUUUCACAUUUACAAUGAAAUUAAAGAUUCAGCUCGGUGUUCGAGUAAAUCAUCACGUCGACGGCAGGUUAUUUAUUCUGGAACAGGAGCUUACUCGCAAUUAUUGGAUCAUCAUAAUUCACUCUUGCGUUCUCUAAUUAUCUUCAACUUGGGGCAGCGAGAAAUUCUUACCAUCUGCACAAGAUUUAAGUUACUAAGAGUAAUCAAUCUUUCCUCAAUACUUUUUGAACUCAUAAUUCCUGAAGAAUUAGGAAAGCUGAUUCACUUGAAAUAUUUGGUAUUAAGAUAUUCUGAAGUUAAAUAUGUUCCAGAGUCCAUUCUCAACUUGGUGAGCUUACAAACAUUGGACAUAGUCAGUGGUACGUGUCCGCAGAUGCCAACUGAAAUUUGUAAACUGCAAAAAUUGAGACAUUUAAUUGGAAACUUUUCAGGGCAAUAUUUGCGGAUAGACAAUAUGACAAACCUUCAGACUUUGAAGUACAUAGAAAACAAGACUUUGACAAAAACCAAUUUGGAGAAAUUGAUUAAUCUACGAGAGCUCGGCAUACUUUAUCAUGAUGAAGAAGAAAAGGAGUUCAGUUUCAAUUCUAUUGCAAAGCUGAAAAACCUUAGAAGUUUAUUGGUUCAUCUACUGGAUAAUCCUUUUGCUUCACUGCAGCCGCUCUCUCAUUGCCAAGAUCUAAUGCACUUGAGCUUAUGCGGGCGGAUAGAGAAACUUCCAGAAAAUAUGCAAAUAGUUUUGCCGAAUCUGGACUACUUAAGAUUGGAGUUCUCCUAUCUUGUGGAGGAUCCGAUGCCUGCAUUAGAAAAGUUGCCGAACCUGACAGUUCUUCAUCUAGCCAACAGUUCUUACUGUGGAGAGAAAUUGGUAUGCAGGGACAAUGGUUUCCUUCGGCUUCAAAGUCUGUAUCUUAAUCUGAGGGAAUUAGAGGAGUUGCAUAUAGAAGAAGGAGCUAUGCCUAUGUUGACGGGCUUAAGCAUUGUAAAGAAUUGCAAAUUGAGAAUUCCAGAGAGAUUGUUUUCAGUCCCAUGCCUAGCCGAAUGGGAAUGCAGAAGAGAUUUCUUCGAGGAAUUGUUGUAAUGAAAUAACUCAAGCUAACCUACUCUGAUUUUUGGAAUUAAAUGCUUACAAAGAAACAGGAAUCCAUAUGAUGAGUAGCACACAGCAGAAAAUCAAACCUGGAAAUAUGCAGUUUACAAAGCCAGAAAGCAGGAAAGUUUCAGGAGACUGAAAAGGAAUGAAUAAUUCAAGUCAAUGGCCAAGAUUAGAGCCAUAAAAAUAGGGAGAUUAAUAUUGGCCGUUGACUUGAAUUAUUCAUUCCUUUUAGUAUCUUAACACAUUGUAAACCUCAUUUCUGAUCUGAUCGUGGUGUUUUUAUGUUCGCCUUCAAUUUUCCCUUUAGGGCUGCAGUUAGGUUUUCUACCUGAGCAUGAUAUUUGCAGUGAACAGAAAAUAUUUAGUGAACGGAUGAGAAGGCAGGGGAAGUGAUGAAAAUUCAUUCUGUUUUGCUUAUCUUUGUUUUCACUUUAUUAUAGUGUCAAAUUUAGUUGGAUUCUGCAGAUGUUGCAAUCUUAUCAGUUUGGCAUUUAAUGUGUUAAAAGCUUUUCUAUAAUUUAGUGGAAAGUGGGACAAGCACCAAAAAUGAGACAAAUACUUUCACUUUUCAGGAUUUAAGGUUAAGAUGAUAGAUUUUCAUGUCAGUUCCAGGAUUCUAAGGCUGCCAAUGGGCCAUUACGCUCGUUGGUGUUUGAGUUUUUAGCAAUGCAAUUUUGAUGCAAGUAUUGUCACGUA